AUUGCUUUUCGCUUAAGUAAUAAUACAAAAGAAUCAUCAUGAAGUUCUUAGUUUUGAGUUUGGUAUUUGGUGUUUGCGUUGUAUAUGCCGAUAUCACUUCUGAACAAUUUGAGAAGCUCAAAAACCACCAUAAGGAAUGCCUUCCUAAGUCCGGAGUUAACCCCGAAUUGGUCCAAAAGGCAAGACAAGGUGAUUUCGUCAACGACCAAAAGUUAAAAGAGCAUAUCUUCUGUGUUUCCAAGUUAAUCGGUUUCCAAAAUGAAGCCGGCGAUAUCCAAACAGACGUUCUCCAAGCUAAAGUAGGUGCUGCCUUGGGAGACCCAGCUCUAGCGGCCCAAUUGAUUGCCACCUGUGCUAAGAAACAAGCUAGCGGACCCGAAACGGCCUAUGAAACCAUCAAAUGCUAUAAGGAAAAGAGCCCAAACCACAUUAGUAUUGUUUAAAUAUUGACUAUUAUAAAAAUCAACUUUUGAAAAAAUAAAUUGUUUAUGUCAUA